GACUUAUAACUUAUCAACUGUUAAAUCAGUAAUGUGAAUUAAAAAAUGCUUCUACUCAAAAUCCUUUCGUUUUUAUUAGUGUUGUGUGUAUCAAAAUGUGCGGAUAAGAAUAACUAUAAAGAACAGUUUAAAGACGACUACAGAGACCUAAAUAAUAAUACUAUCGAUUUCAAUAAAUAUUGUUCUGACAAAUGGUGUAUACAAAAAUGUUGCCCUCCUGAACACUGCAUUAAUAUGAACGGUUUAUGUAAAAAAUGUGAAGUGAUUCGUCGGAGGUUACAAGAAAAAUACAAAGAUCUAUUUAAAUUAAUUAAUUAUGAAAACAUUAGCUUCUAUUCAAACACGGAGCCUAGGCAGAGAAUCAAUCACAAAUUUGCAUUCAUUUACAACUAUAAAGAAAGGCCGAGCAUGUUUACACCAUACGACAACGAAUAUUAUUUUUCGGAGAACGCGGCCAUUCACGUGUAUGAUGCCAUACAUACAAAACAAUGGCGUACACUUCCUCCUGAAAAGUAUUGUGUGGACUUCAGACUCCUAUAUCUUAAAAAACAGAUGAGAAUGUUAUUAGUAAUCAAGGAAUAUUUUACGCCACCGAAAAUUAAUCCAAUAAAUGAGACCCUACUUCUAAUAGGUGUGACAAUAUCAUCGGUGUUUCUGCUACUCGUAUUUAUAGUUCACUGCAUGUUAAAAAGGCUCCACUCGUCUUUCACUGGACUUUUAAUGAUGGCUUACACAAUAACAAUUCUACUAGGAUUUAUAAUUAAAGUUAUCAUGCAGGCAACCAUUGCACAUUUGAGAAAUGACAGCUGCAAAAUAAUAACUCCUUUCCUAUAUUUUCUGUUGCUGUCGAGUUUUUUCUGGUUGAAUGCUUUCUCAUUCUGUAUAUGGAGGGGAUUAAGAACUAAUUUUGGUAUUUAUAAAGUAACGAGGCGGGACAAGCUGGUCAGCUUCAGCCGGUACGGUCUGUACGCAUGGGGCGUGCCGCUGCUAAUCACUGGAGUCGCCGUCUACUUUGAUAACACCGACAUCACUAAAUUGAAAUAUAUUAUCAAACCACCAUUCGACGACUGUUUCAUAAAUCAGUAUGGAAUUGAAAGGUACUACUAUAUACCGCUAGGUAUAAUAAUGUUUAUAAACAUAGUCUUGUUUAUUAUGACGAUUUACCACAUAAUGACAACUACGAACUCAACAAAAAACAAUGCAGAGUUCAGACGAAGUGGCAGGGAAAACAGUUACAAGACGUAUAUGAAACUAUCACUUACAAUGGGCAUCAGUUGGGUUCUCGAGUUGAUUCCCAACCCUGACAACACAUUCCUUUUCAUCCUGAACAACACUUACAACAGUCUUAUUGGAGUCAUCAUAUUUUUCGUGUACAUUUGUGACAAAAACGUUUUAACUGAAUUAUGCAAAAAGUUCAAUAUUCAAAAUGAAUUUGUUAUUAAACUAGCGCACCGCAAGUCCCUGUUCAGACUAGCGAGGUCGAGGAAGAUACAUCGUGAAGAAUUAUCUAGCAUGCAAACUGCUACCACAGGACUAAGUUCCGAAGUCGAAAAUAAAACUACUUUAAUUUAAUUUAAUUUAAAAUAAAUAAAUACC